AUGGGCAAGAAGCGGGCGCAGAAGGACCGGGCCUACUUGACAGCCACAGAGUGGCGCGAGGAGCAUGGCGGUUUCAAGGGCGGGCGCGGCGGCCCGUCCUUCAAGCGCCUGCCCUACACACACUGCGCCAUCUCCUUCCAGCCGUUUGAGGAUGCGGUCUGUACCGCCGACGGUACCUGCAUGGACAUCGUGAAUGCGGUACCGUACAUCCAGAAGUUCAAGAAGCACCCGGUGACGGGGCAGCCGCUGGAGCUCAAGGACUUGGUGCGCCUCACUUUCCACCGCAACACCGACGGAGAGUAUGCGUGCCCCGUGCUCGGCAAGGUGUUCACGGAGCACACGCACAUCGUGGCGGUACGCCCCACCGGCAAUGUGUACUGCUGGGAGGCAGUGGAGGAGCUGUGCCUCAAGCCCAAGAACAUGCGGGACCUGCUCACGGACGAGCCCUUCACCCGGAAGGACCUCAUCCACCUGCAGGACCCGCUGAACCUGAGCGGCAGGAACCUGGCGGAGUUUGACCACGUCAAGCGGGAGCUGGUGGUGGAUGAGGAGGCGCGGGCGGCGGAGGAGGAGGACCCCAUGUUUUACAUCAAGGGGGCCACAGAGGACACCAAGCGUGUGCUGGACGGCGCCGCCUCCCGCGCCUUCACCUCCACCACCAUGGCCCCCGCCACCAAGAACGAACGCACCGUGAGGCUGAUCCAGCUCAAGCCCACCACCAAGGGCUACGUGCGCCUGCACACGACCCUGGGCGACCUCAACCUGGAGCUGCACUGCGACAUCUGCCCCCGCACCUGCGAGAAUUUCAUGGCGCUGGCGGAGAGUGGAUACUACAACAACACCUCCUUCCACCGCAGCAUCAAAAACUUCAUGAUCCAGGGAGGGGACCCCACGGGCACUGGGCGUGGCGGGGAGAGCGUGUGGGGCGCCAAGUUUGAGGACGAGUUAGACUCCCGCCUGCUGCACAGCGGGCGCGGCAUUUUGUCAAUGGCCAACUCUGGAAAGAACUCAAACGGCUCCCAGUUCUUCCUGCUGUACAAGUCAGCCCACCACCUUGAUUACAAGCACACCGUGUUUGGGCGGGUGGUGGGAGGAUUCGAUGUGCUGACGGCCAUGGAGAAGGUGCCCACCGACGACGAGGACCGGCCUCAGCAGGACAUUCGCAUCACCGGCGCCACCGUGUUUGUGAACCCCUACAAGGAGCUGCUGGAGGAGGAGGAGAAGGCGGAGGUAGCCAAGCGCAAGCAGGCCGAGAAGGAGGAGCAGGGCUUUGCUGCGGAUGACGAGUUUGGGCGGUGGUGGUCCAACCCGGCGGCUGCGGGCGAGGGCGGUGGCGGCGUGGGGCGUUACCUCUCCGCCAUCCCUGGGGCUGCUGCUGCUGCACCAAAGGCCGUGCCAGCGGCAGCGCCGGGGGGGCAGGCGGCCAAGAAGGCCAAGACGGGCGGCGGCGGCUUUGGAAACUUUGACGCCUGGUGA